UCUAAACCGGUUGCGGAAGAAAAGCGGAAGUGGUACAAUCAUGUCUCAUUUUGAACCAUGCUUGAAUGGAGGUGACCUUAGGUUGUUAUAAAAUUGUAAAGUAAGGGAACUUGGCGACAGCUUUGCCGUGGACACAGCAGGUACAUCGCUUCAGUCCGGUUUCGUUUAGCUUAACUAUUCGUGAGGGCCUAGUGAGUGCACAGGGCGAGCAGAGAUGGCUGGAGAUCACCAGGCACGCAUGCAGACUGUGGUGGAAGAAAUGGUCCAAAGCCUGGAGAGAGACCAUAUCCGUAAAAUGCAGGGUCGCAUGUUCCGGUGCAGCGCAGACUGCUGUGAUCGCCCCACAGACUCCAUGUCUCAGGUGCAUCAAUGCAUCGAUAGGUGUCACACUCCGCUGGCCAAAGCUCAGGGACUGGUCACUUCAGAGCUGGAGAAGUUUCAGGACCGUCUGACCAGAUGCACGAUGCAUUGCAACGAUAAGGCAAAGGAUUUUUUUGACUCCGGCGCCAAGGAGCCAGCUGUUCAGUCACUGAUGGAACGCUGUGUGGGCAGUUGUGUGGACGAUCACAUUAACCUCAUCCCCAGCAUGACCCGACGGCUCAAAGAGAAUUUGGACUCUAUACAGCAAUGAUGAUGAGCCGGUGGGUGGCUGUGGUCCAUCCAGCGGCACAGGGUUAGUCGACUCAGCCAGUUUGACCAGUAACAACUGAAGAAUACAGGAGCUGGAACAUCAUUAAAAAGGCAGGGAGAGUGGAGUUUAAAGUCAUGCGAGAAAAAGAGUAGCAUUUUGACAGGUUUAACAGGCUGAAUUUUGGUGUUGUGGAGAUUUUAAAACUGGUCAGUGUGAGAUUUAUUAUCGUACUCAGUGUAAUGUACAAACAGUAAUGUCCUUGGAGACAGGGAGCUGAAAGGUUUUGGCUUGUUAGAUCCUGGUUCUUAUGCAACGAGAAAUGAGCCCCCUCAUGCCUUGUUCUUUUUUUUUGGUCAUUUUUAUUAUGAAUUGUUCUGUUAUUGUCUUACCUCCCACGGUGAGAUGUGAUUAUAUAAUGGAAUUAAAAGUACUGUAGAUGGAA